AUGUCGCAUGGUCGAAAAACUGAGCAAGUUACUAUUAUUCGAGUAAAUCGUAGGGGUGAUAUAUUAAGUUAUGAUACUAUCGAACAGCCAAUUGAACCUGUUAAAUCUUCAUCAAAACAUUAUUCACGACCAAAAAAAGUAAAACAACCGGUCGUAUAUAAAGAGAAUAGUUAUUAUAGUGAAGAAGAUACAUCUGAUGUUAAUGUACCAGUGAGAAAAACAUAUGAAAAUACAAUUAAAGAAACAAAACCAGAACGACGUCGUCUUUCUCCAUUACAAUCAGAUCGUGAAAUUGUUGAAGAAAGAAUUAUCUGGCAAGGAAAAGCUCGGACUGAUUCUCAUAAUGAAAAUACUACCGAUCGACGUAAGAGUGGUCGAAAAUCAAUUAGAGUUGCUGGUGAUCCAAAUGGAUAUGUACUAGUUGAUAGUCCUGAUAAUUAUAGUGAAGAGCAUACAAGAUCUCAAGAACGUGGAAGAUCUUUACGAAAUGAAAAACAAAAUAUUAAUUCUACACGAAAACGAGGACCGAUAUCUGAUGAAGUUUAUAGUGAUAUUCAAAACUAUGAAUAUGAUGAUCGUAGAAUACAAUACAAACCAGCAAGACUUCCCCCAGUUCAAAAUCGAACAUUUGGAUUGCAACAAAAAUCACGAAGUAAUUCAAGAAAUGAUGAUUACACUAGACGUAUUCGAAAAUCACGAUCCACAUCUAAUAAUAGAAAAAGCUCUCGAUAUGAUUAUAUAAAACCUAAAAUUGAUGAUCGUAAUGAAGAAUAUGUAAGAAAUAUAAAAUAUGAACCAAAACCAAGAAAUACCAGCAAGUUACCACGUUGGAGAUCAGAACCAAAAAUGGGUUCAUUUAAUGUUUCUUACGAUACUAAGCCUACUUAUAGACAACCAAGAAAAUUUUCCGGUGAUCCAAAUGGAUGGAGACUUGUUAAUAACCGUAAUAAUUAUGAUGAAGAUGAUACAAGACAUCAAGAACGUCGAAGAUCUCUGCGAAAUGAAAAACAAAAUAUCCCCAUUCACCAUCGAACAUUUGGAUGGCAACAAAAAUCACAAAAUAAUGAUUCUACUGGACGUAUUCGAAAACAUCGGCCAACAUCUGUAAAUGCAAGAAAAAACACUCAAUAUAAUUCUAUAAAACCUAAAAUCGAUAAUCAUAAUGAAGAAUUUGUAAAAAGUUUAAAGUAUCAAUCAAAACCAAGAAUCAUAAAUGAUUUACCACUUUGGAAAUAUGAAUCAAAAACGAAAUCAUAUAAUGAUUCUUAUAAUCCGGAGCUCACACAUCGAAAACCAAAAAUUUUUCGUGAAAAACUUGAUUGGAAUGCACGAUCAAAAAUUGAUUCGGGUUUCGCAACCAAUGCGUAA